ACGGGGCCGGGGCGCGAUGGCCGGGGCCGGGCGCGCCCGUCCGCGGUGAGGUCGCAGAGAGGCUCCGGGGCGGCUGGGCGAAGGCGAGCGGAGGGCCGCGCUGCGCCCGAACCGGGUCGCGCCGAACGCGGCAAGGGAGGGAGGAGCCCGCCAGCGCAUGAAAAUGUUGGAGAUUUGCUUGAAGUUGGUGGGCUGUAAAUCAAAGAAAGGACUCUCUUCGUCCUCCAGUUGUUAUUUGGAAGAAGCUCUUCAGAGACCAGUAGCAUCCGACUUUGAGCCCCAAGGUCUGAGUGAAGCAGCUCGUUGGAACUCCAAGGAAAACCUUCUUGCUGGUCCCAGUGAAAAUGACCCCAACCUUUUCGUUGCACUGUAUGAUUUUGUGGCCAGUGGGGAUAACACUCUAAGCAUAACUAAAGGUGAAAAGCUCCGGGUCUUAGGCUAUAAUCACAAUGGGGAAUGGUGUGAAGCCCAAACCAAAAAUGGCCAAGGGUGGGUCCCAAGCAACUACAUCACACCUGUCAACAGUUUGGAAAAACAUUCCUGGUACCAUGGGCCUGUGUCACGCAAUGCCGCUGAAUACCUGCUGAGCAGCGGAAUCAACGGCAGCUUCUUGGUGCGGGAGAGCGAGAGCAGUCCUGGCCAGAGGUCCAUCUCACUGAGAUAUGAAGGAAGGGUGUACCACUACAGGAUCAAUACUGCAUCUGAUGGCAAGCUCUAUGUCUCCUCAGAGAGCCGCUUCAACACUUUGGCCGAGUUGGUCCAUCAUCAUUCAACAGUGGCAGACGGGCUGAUCACCACUCUCCAUUAUCCAGCUCCCAAGCGCAAUAAGCCCACCGUCUACGGCGUCUCUCCCAACUACGACAAGUGGGAGAUGGAGCGCACGGACAUCACCAUGAAGCACAAGCUGGGAGGAGGCCAGUAUGGGGAGGUGUAUGAAGGAGUGUGGAAGAAAUACAGCCUGACAGUGGCUGUGAAGACCUUGAAGGAGGAUACCAUGGAAGUGGAGGAGUUUUUGAAAGAAGCUGCAGUAAUGAAAGAAAUCAAACACCCUAAUCUAGUACAGUUACUUGGGGUCUGUACCCGGGAGCCCCCGUUCUAUAUAAUCACCGAGUUCAUGACCUAUGGGAACCUGUUAGAUUACCUGAGAGAGUGUAAUCGGCAGGAGGUGAAUGCUGUGGUGCUGCUAUACAUGGCCACUCAGAUCUCGUCGGCCAUGGAGUAUCUGGAGAAGAAAAACUUCAUCCACAGGGAUCUUGCUGCCCGAAACUGCCUGGUAGGGGAAAACCACUUGGUGAAGGUGGCUGAUUUUGGCCUGAGCAGGUUAAUGACAGGAGAUACCUACACAGCCCACGCUGGAGCCAAGUUCCCAAUCAAAUGGACUGCACCUGAAAGCCUGGCCUACAACAAGUUUUCCAUUAAGUCCGAUGUCUGGGCAUUUGGAGUAUUGCUUUGGGAAAUUGCUACCUAUGGCAUGUCACCAUACCCAGGAAUUGACCUGUCGCAGGUAUAUGAGCUGCUGGAGAAAGACUAUCGCAUGGAGCGCCCGGAAGGCUGCCCAGAGAAAGUCUAUGAACUCAUGCGAGCAUGUUGGCAGUGGAAUCCCUCUGACCGGCCCUCCUUUGCUGAAAUUCACCAAGCCUUUGAAACAAUGUUUCAGGAAUCCAGCAUAUCAGAUGAGGUGGAAAAGGAACUGGGAAAAAAAGGUGUACGGGGUGCUCCAAGUACUUUGCUACAGGCUCCAGAGCUGCCCACCAAGACAAGAACCUCCAGGAGAGCUGCAGAGCACAAAGACUCUACUGAUAUGCCCGAGACAGCCCACUCCAAGGGCCAGGGAGAAAGUGAUCCUCUGGACCACGAGCCCACUGUGUCUCCAUUGCUCCCUCGAAAAGAGAGAAGUCCCCAGGAUGCCGGCCUAAAUGAAGAUGAGCGCCUUCUCCCCAAGGACAAAAAGACCAAUUUGUUCAGCGCCUUAAUCAAGAAGAAGAAGAAAACGGCCCCAACCCCUCCCAAACGCAGCAGCUCCUUCCGUGAAAUGGAUGGCCAGGCAGAGCGCAAAGGGGGCAGUGAAGAAGAGGGUCGAGAAAUCAGCAAUGGGACACUGGCUCUCCCAACCUUGGACACAGCCGAGCCAACCAAGUUCCCAAAGCCCAGCAACGGUGCUGGUGUCCCCAAUGGAGCCUUGCGGGAGUCGGGGAGCUCAGGCUUUCGGUCCCCCCACCUGCGGAAAAAGUCCAGCACGCUGACCAGCAGCCGGUUAGCAGCCAGUGAAGAGGAAAGUGGCAGCAGCUCCAGCAAGCGCUUCCUGAGAUCUUGCUCUGCCUCCUGUGUGCCCCACGGGGCCAAGGACACAGAGUGGAAGUCAGUCACACUGCCCCGGGAUUUGCAGUCCACAGGAAGACAGUUUGACUCUUCCACAUUUGGAGGGCACAAAACUGAGAAGCCAGCUCUGCCUCGGAAGCGGGCAAGUGAGACCAAAUCUGACCAGGUGACUAGGGGUACAGUGACUCCUCCACCCAGGCUGGUGAAAAAGAACGAGGAAGUAGCUGAUGAGGUCUUCAGAGACACUGCAGAGUCCAGCCCAGGCUCCAGCCCUCCCAGUUUGACUCCAAAACUCGUCCGUAGGCAAGUCAUGAUGGCUCCUUCCUUUGGCCUUUCCCACAAGGAAGAGGCCGGGAAAUCCAGUGCCUUAGGGACCCCUGUCACAGCUGAGCCAGCGCCCCCCACAAGCAGAUUGGGGUCAGGCACAUCUGGAGGUGCCAGCAAGGUCCCUGCUGAGGAGUCCAGAGUGAGGAGGCAUAAGCACUCCUCCGAGUCACCAGCGAGAGACAAGGGGAAAUUGUCCAAACUCAAACCCGCCCCACCUCCACCACCAGCCUCUGUUGGGAAAGCUGGAAAGCCUUCUCAAAGCCCGAGCCGUGAAGCAGCCGGGGAGGUAAAUGCUAAAACAAAAUCCGUAGAUGCUGUGAACAGUGAUGUUGCCAAACCAAACCAGCUAGGAGAGGGCAUCAGAAAGCCUGUGCUCCCUUCCAUACCAAAGCCACAGUCAUCCACCAAACCAUCGGUGACCCCUGCCAGCCCAGCCCCUGCUUCUUCAACAUUGCCAUCAGCAUCCUCGGCCCUGGGAGGGGACCAGCAGCAGUCUUCCACUGCCUUCAUCCCUCUCAUAUCUACCCGCGUAUCUCUCCGCAAAACCCGGCAGCCUCCGGAGCGGUUCGCCAGUGGCACCAUCACCAAGGGUGUGGUCCUGGACAGCACCGAGGCCCUGCGCCUCGCUAUCUCCAAGAACUCUGAGCAGAUGGCCAGCCAUAGCGCAGUGCUAGAAGCCGGCAAAAACCUCUACACAUUCUGCGUGAGCUAUGUGGAUUCCAUCCAGCAAAUGAGGAACAAAUUCGCCUUCCGAGAGGCUAUCAACAAACUGGAGAAUAAUCUCCGGGAGCUUCAGAUCUGCCCAGCGACAGCAGGGAGUGGCCCAGCUGCCACUCAAGACUUUAGCAAGCUCCUCAGUUCAGUGAAAGAAAUCAAUGACAUUGUACAGAGGUAGCAGAAGCCAGGUGUCAAGCCAGCUGGAGCUGCCUGCAUUGUGUGAGGAGUUACCCGUGACGGUGACUGACAAAGGACCAGUGAACCAGGAGUUUGGGCCCAAGGACUCUGUGCAAGGUGGAGCUGAGGGGCCAGUGUGGAGUACAGCCCUACUACCUACGUGUGCACGAUUUGUCCACAUGCACUUUCCCUCCUUAACCAGGCUCCCUGAGCCGUCUGUGUUCCCAAGUUUUAUCUGUGGAGUUCCUUCUCUGUGGACUGAAUUCAGGAUGCCAGGGUCCCACCAGGCUCUUCCAUGCAUAUUGCUUUGAAACUGAGUUUCCCAGGGCAAGGGGGAAUGGCAGAUAAGGAUUUUUGUUUUCAUUUUUCUUUCUGGAAGACUUCCUCUGGCUGUUUUCUCCUUCCAUCUCCCCCAAGAAUGAGUGCCCUGAACCUAAUUAAGCCUUUUCACCAAGGAUUUGUGAAUAGUCACCUCUGCUCACCCCAUGGAGGGAGCCUUUGCACUCAAAUUUUCUUAAGCCUCAUAAGGUAAAGACACAUUUCAAAAACUACAUCCGGAAGAAGAGUGUGCAGAGCCAUUGCUGCCAGGUGGUCUGCCCUUUCACUGUUGCCUGGGGACUGUGUGCACUCACCAUUUCCUCAUGUGAAGGACAGCUCUUGAUUUGGGGGAUAAAGCAGGGUGAUAAGGAAAGCCAGCCUUUGGGUCAUGGGACAGGUCGGGGGAAGCUGAAGAGGACCAUAGCAUGGGGUCAGGUUCUUCUCAUCCUCUCUGAGCCCAGUUCCUUGUUCUCUUGUGACAUGCAGUGCUGGUCCUGGAUAGAAAGUUUGAGUCUUAAGGGUAGCAGGCUCGCAGUCGCUGCUGAACUCCACAGCAGAAUAGGGGUCAGGGAGCAGGAGACCAGGAGCUAUUGGGUGAACAGCCAGUGUCAGGGCCCCGAGUUCCCAUCCUUUUGUAUUUCCAGGUGCCCUGCAAAAGUUCUGAUUUCUGAGUUGUCUCCUGCCCUCCCUGUACUACUCUAAGGCAAAGUAGAUUCUUGAAAGACCCUUUCCUUUGUGACAAGACUGUCUUCAGUUUUCCGGAGUUCUUGAAGAAUUUCAAAGCUCUGCCCUUAGCACAGCCACCUCUGCUACAGAAAGAAGCCACCAUUGGGUACCAGCAUACAGAGGAGGAAGAGAACUGUUGGCCCCCAAAAGCCCUUACCAGGGUUAGCUGCUCUCUUGAAUUUGGCAAAUGUCUUUUAUUUAAUUACCAUGAGCAACACUUAGCCUAAUGUUUCUGUGGGUUUGUCAGGGAUUGUUAAGAAAACCACACACAAAUGAAACCCCAAAAAGUAUUUCAAAGAACAGGUGUUUUGUGUUUUGUGUCAUGCAUUUCUUUCCUGGGGCUGCCCAGGAAUAGAGCAGAGGUGCUGCAGUUGUGAUUCCUGGGCAGAGGCUCCCAGGUUUCCUUGAUCUUGACCCACAGCAGCUAGCUGAAGAUAGGCAGGCAGCUGCCUGGGCCUCACGGCAGACCCCAAAACAUCCCUGGAGAUACCAGGAGAAAACCACAUUUCCUGCUCCCCAUGCCUUCUCAUGCCUGUGACCUAGCAUAGACCCUAUUUUUGUGCUAAUCACCUAAACUCAUAUUUUAUUUUUCUGACAGAGAUCAUUUCCUCUGAAUUGUUCUAUGCUAUCCUCACAGUGCAUCACCUCUUUGCCCCUCCCCAGGCUGCUGUGUUACACAGACUGAGGGAGGUGCUAGAACACCACCAGCGGCCUUGCAGAGCUAAAGCAAAACAAAGUCCCACCCAGAUUCCUUCAGACUGACUGUUUCUAUGAGGUACUGGUCUCUCUCUUUCUCCUUUUUUUUUUUUUCUUUAACGUGAUGUGCCACUAUGUUUUGCAUUUAUAUCUUGGUAUUACACUCUUUUAUAAUCUUACUCUUUUAUAAAUGAUGUGUACAUAGUUUCCCAAUGUCCUCCUUUCUGGAAUGCCUGUGGUGUCUUUUUUUUUUUUUUUUUUUUUUUGGUCCAA